CCUCCCAUUGUGUGCAAAAUCAAUCUGCCCCGACUCAGUUUCUCUCUCCACAAGCAAAGUCCCAAGUGAACAGAGCGAACCCACAAAUCUGUAUCAGGGAGAAAAUCCAUGGAAGGUGAAGAAGGUACACAGCAUCCUCAGCUGGUUCUCGGUAACAAACUAUUCCUUCUCACCCACCCAGAUGUCCAAGACAUUGAGAAGGUCCGCCUCCGCGAAGAGGUCUUCGCCGCCGUCAAAGCCGACGAUAUGGCUCCGCUCUAUGAAACCCUAGCCGCUAACUCUGUGUUGGAUAUGGAUCAGUCUGUUUUGGAUUCGAUGCGUUCCAAGAUUAAGGACGAGCUCAAGAAGCUCGACGAAAAAAUUGCUGAUGCUGAAGAAAACCUUGGCGAAAGUGAAGUUCGAGAAGCUCAUUUAGCUAAAUCCUUGUUUUACAUUCGAAUUGGUGACAAGGAUAAGGCAUUAGAACAACUCAAGGUAACUGAAAGCAAAACUGUUGCAGUUGGGCAGAAGAUGGACUUGGUCUUCCAUACACUGCUGCUUGGUUUUUUCUAUAUGGAUUUUGAUCUCAUUUCUAAAAGCAUUGAUAAAGCGAAGAACUUGUUUGAAGAGGGAGGUGACUGGGAAAGGAAGAACCGUCUAAAGGUGUAUGAAGGCUUGUACUGCAUGUCCAUUCGUAACUUUAAAAAAGCCGCAGAUCUUUUUCUGGAUUCCAUCUCAACAUUCACUACUUAUGAACUUUUCCCUUAUGACACCUUCAUUUUUUACACCGUCCUUACAAGCAUUAUAUCAUUGGAUAGAGUUUCUCUGAAACAAAAGGUAGUUGAUGCUCCUGAAAUCUUGACAGUGAUUGGAAAGAUCCCUUUUCUGUCUGACUUUAUGAACUCUCUAUAUGAUUGUCAGUACAAAUCUUUUUUCUCAGCGUUUGCUGGCCUGACUGAGAAUGUAAAGUUGGACCGCUAUUUGCACCCACACUUCCGGUAUUACAUGAGGGAGGUUAGAACCGUUGUGUAUUCCCAGUUCUUGGAGUCGUACAAGAGUGUUACAAUUGAAGCGAUGGCAAAGGCGUUUGGUGUAUCAGUGGAUUUCAUUGAUUUGGAACUGUCUCGAUUUAUUGCAGCAGGGAAGCUUCAUUGCAAAAUUGAUAAAGUUGCAGGUGUUUUGGAAACUAAUCGUCCUGAUGCAAAGAAUGCUCUUUAUCAAGCAACUAUCAAACAAGGGGACUUCUUAUUAAACCGGAUUCAGAAGCUGUCUCGCGUGAUCGAUCUAUGAAGUAGCAGCAGGACUGUUACCUCACCGCCACUCAAGCUUGUUCUUAUUUGGAGACACUGCGGAGAGCUUAAAUUGGAGACAUUAUGGAGAGUGUUGCCAACUAGCUGUCGAGUAUUUAACAGACUUCUGCAAAAGCGUUGAACAAUGGAAAUCUUUUGCUUUGUCAAUUUAAUUUUCGUUUGGAAGGUGACUUGCCUAAACAAAAAAAAUGUCUCUAGGGAUUUGAUUGUUUCAUGCUCUGAAUGUUGGAAGUCUCAAUCUCCACAAGUUUCUUUUCGUUGAGAAUUUUCCCAGAAAAUGUGGGUUCGGAAUUAAUGGAAUCUUUUGCUGAAUCCAGCCAGAGACGUGAUGAGUGUGUGGUUCAGCCACAUGCUUUCAAUCCGUACUCUGUUUGCCAUUUAUUAGAGGAAGAAUCAUUUUCCUUGGA